UGCAACCUCUUAUCAGCAAUCGUGUCUAAUGUGAAGAUAUGGAUUCAGUUUCAAUGCACUAAAUUUGACAGUUAUAUGUAAUCUUAUGUUUAUUUUACGACAAUACGAUGUGCGGUAAAGUCGGAUUAUGGCUGUUUUUGGUAGUCACUGUGUUAGGUGCUGACUACCAAGUCACCAUAUAUCCAAGUUACCUAUCACAAGGUGGUCGAACACAUUUCGAGGUUGAUCGCUGGGAUGGCCAUAAUGGACUGGAUUCUGCGCAUUUUAUUGACAAGGCUAAGUCAAUUGCUACUGAGAGUGGUAGAUGGCUGAACCGUGACUUGAACGGACAUACAUUUCAAAAUACACCACAAGACCCUCAUCACCAUGGUUAUCCAGAUCCAAACCAUUUUAAAGACCCAACAUUUGUCCAGAAUAUAUGUACAAAGUACAAGCAAAAUCUUCAAGGAUAUGGAAACAAUUCCGAUAUCGUCAUGGAAAUCAAGGGGCUCUACUGGCCAAACUGGAUGAACACAUCACAACAUGGCGGAAAGUUUCCUAAUGAUUUAGAUGCAGGCGCUGAAUUUAUUGUUCUGCUAUUAAAAUCUAUUAAACAAUGUACACAUGGUAUCAUACCAAAGUAUUUCGAGGUCAUAAAUGAACCUGACGCAGCUUGGAAAUAUAUUCAAUGGGACAUUGUCAUUGAUUUCCAUAAGAUUGUUGCACAAAAACUAAAAAGUCAAUUUCCAGGGAUUCAAGUUGGCGGUCCAACUAAAAACGGUGCGAUAUCUGGAAGUGACAAGAGCGAUUUCCGAAUAUGGAAUUUUUCUCGUCGGUUUCUGGACAUGUCACUAGACCAUCUAGAUUUCUUUUCCUUUCAUCCUUACAACUUUUUCCUAGUGGAGGGUAACAACUAUCGAUUUGAAGGUAUAAAUGAAGCAAGAUUGGCUGGUUUCAUAGAUUUGGUGGAAAGUUACGCACAUCAAAAGAAGGGCCGUUCUGUUCCUCUUAUACUUAGCGAGUAUGGUUUAAGUCAAGUAAAGGGAAUUGACGUAAAUAAACCAAAUCCUUUCAUAGACUGGGCAUACAUCAAUCAACAUAAUAGCCACAUGUUUACGUAUUUGAAUUUUCGAAACGUGAUUGACAGAGCUAUUGGAUUCAUACUCUCAUAUGGAACCACCCUAGGUGAAGCUUCUUUUACAUUACAGCCUAUUUCAUCGAAAUGGCAGCUUAGCUAA